AUCCCCCACCACCGUCUCCGCGCGCCCCCCACCCACGUACACCCCGGGCGCGCGCCGCGCCUAAGCGCAGUGCGGAAUCUAAUCGAAGCCGUCGGGCACCCUCCACGUCACGGGAAGCGACGGCGGAGGAGGAGGCGGCGGCUGGCGGCGCUCGGGCACCACCGAAAUCCCACACGGGCGAGGGUGAAAGCGGCGCAAGCGGGGACCAUAUUUCGACGGGGCGGACGAAGCGCAGAGACGCGAACAGGUUGUGUGUGGCACGCAGACGUGCGCUGCUGGCUCGUCACGAGACAUGACGGCCGCCGAGAAUGUGUGCUACACGCUCAUCAACAUCCCCAGCGACUCGGAGCCUCCCACUGAGAUCAGCCUCAAGAAUGACUUGGAGAAGGGUGAUAUCCGUGCCAAGACAGAGGCGCUGAAGAAGGUGAUUGUGAUGAUCCUGAGUGGCGAUAAGUUGCCGGGGCUACUCAUGACAAUCAUCCGCUUCGUGCUGCCUCUGCAAGACCACACACUGAAGAAGCUCCUGCUUGUCUUCUGGGAGAUUGUGCCCAAGACGACGCCCGAUGGCAAGCUGCUGCAAGAGAUGAUCCUUGUGUGCGAUGCCUACAGGAAGGACCUGCAGCAUCCCAACGAGUUCAUCCGUGGCUCCACUCUGCGUUUCCUGUGCAAGCUGAAGGAGGCGGAGCUGCUGGAGCCGCUCAUGCCAGCGAUCCGCACAUGCCUGGAGCACCGGCACAACUACGUGCGGCGCAACGCCGUGCUCGCCAUCUACACCAUUUACCGAAACUUCGAGCACCUGAUCCCGGACGCCCCGGAGCUGAUACAUGACUUCCUGGUGAACGAGAAGGAUGCGAGCUGCAAGCGCAACGCCUUCAUGAUGCUCAUCCACGCUGACCAGGAUCGUGCCCUGGACUAUCUCAGCACCUGCAUCGACCAAGUGCAGACGUUUGGCGACAUCCUGCAACUCGUCAUUGUUGAGCUCAUCUACAAGGUGUGCCACGCCAACCCCACAGAGCGCGCCCGCUUCAUCCGCUGCAUCUACAACCUGCUGCAGUCGUCGAGCCCCGCGGUGCGGUACGAGGCGGCGGGGACGCUCGUCACGCUCUCCAGCGCCCCCACCGCCGUCAAGGCCGCGGCCCAGUGCUACAUUGACCUCAUUAUCAAGGAGAGUGACAACAACGUGAAGCUCAUUGUGCUCGAUCGCCUCAUCGAGCUGAAGGACCACCCGAGCCACGAGCGAGUGCUUCAGGACCUCGUGAUGGACAUCCUGCGUGUGCUGGGAACUCCCGACCUGGAGGUGCGCAGGAAGACUCUGCAGCUCGCGUUGGACUUGGUGUCCUCACGCAAUGUCGAGGAGCUGGUGAUCGUGCUGAAGAAGGAGGUGAUCAAGACCAACAACGUGACGGAGCACGAGGACACGGACAAGUUCCGCCAGCUCCUCGUGCGGACACUACACUCGUGCAGCGUGCGCUUCCCGGACGUGGCCGCCAGCAUUAUCCCCGUGCUGAUGGAGUUCCUGAGCGACACUAACGAGCUGGCGGCGGGCGACGUGCUGGUGUUCGUGCGGGAGGCCGUGCAGCUCUUCGAGGGCCUGCGGCCGCUCAUCAUCGAAAAGAUGCUCGAGGUCUUCCACUCCAUCAAGGCUGUCAAGAUCCAGCGCGGGGCGCUGUGGAUCCUAGGCGAGUACUGCAGCUCCAAGGAAGACAUCCAGAGUGUCAUGACGGAGGUGCGCCGCUCCAUCGGAGAGAUCCCCAUCGUGGAGACGGAGAUCAAGAAGGCCGCGGGUGAAAACAAGAUUGACGAAGAGGUGUCGACGGUGCCCGCGCAGAAGCUCGUCACCGAGAUGGGCACCUAUGCCACGCAGAGCGCUCUCAGCACGGCUCGUCCUUCCAAGAAGGAGGAGGAGAGGCCACCCCUGCGCGGGUUCCUCUUGGAAGGAGAUUUCUACGUGGGCGCAGCCAUGGCCACCACCCUCACCAAGCUGGCCCUGCGCUACAUUGCGCUGGUGGACGACAAGCGCAGGCAGAAUUCAUUUGUGGCAGAGGCGAUGCUGCUCAUGUCAAGCGUGCUGCACCUGGGCCGCUCGGCGCUGCCGAAGAAGCCGAUCACCGAGGACGACGUGGACCGCAUUGCACUGUGCCUGCGUGUGCUGUCCGAGCUCUCGCCGCUGCUCUCCGACAUCUUCAACAAGGAGUGCCGUCGCUCGCUCUCCAACAUGCUGUCUGCCAAGCUGGAGGAGGAGAAGCGAUCGCUCAAGAAGGAGAGUGAGAAGCGCACGGUGAGCGUGCAGGCCGACGACCCUAUCACAUUCAUGCAGCUCAUGGCCAAGAGCGAGAACUCCUCUAAGGAAGACCAGUUCCAACUGAGCCUGUUGGCCGCCACGGGCCACGCGCAGAAGAAGGAGGCCGCCGACCCCCUCUCCUCCAAGCUCAGCAAGGUGACGCAGCUGACGGGCUUCUCGGAUCCUGUGUAUGCCGAGGCAUACAUCCACAUCAACCAGUACGACAUCGUGCUGGACGUGCUGGUGGUGAACCAGACGAGCGACACGCUGCAGAACUGCACGCUGGAACUCGCCACCCUCGGGGACCUGAAGCUGGUGGAGAAGCCGUCGCCACUCACGCUGGCUCCCUACGACUUUGCCAACAUUAAGGCCAACGUGAAGGUGGCCUCCACCGAGAACGGCAUCAUCUUCGGCAACAUUGUGUACGACGUGACGGGCGCGGCGAGUGACAGGAACUGCGUCGUCCUCAACGACAUUCACAUCGACAUCAUGGACUACAUCCAGCCCGCCACUUGCUCUGAUGCUGAGUUCCGGCAGAUGUGGGCUGAGUUCGAGUGGGAGAAUAAGGUCACCGUGAGCACCAACAUCCUCGACCUCAUGGAAUACCUGAAGCACAUCCUCAAGUCCACCAACAUGAAAUGCCUCACUCCAGAAAAGUUUUCGCCGCAGGCACUGCUUGGGAACUGUGGCUUCAUGGCGGCGAACCUGUACGCACGCUCCAUCUUCGGGGAGGACGCGCUUGCCAACGUGAGCAUUGAGAAGCCCACGCACCUGGGCCCUGACGCCUCCGUCACCGGACACAUCCGCAUCCGUGCUAAAAGCCAGGGCAUGGCACUCAGCCUGGGAGACAAGAUUAACCUGUCCCAGAAGAAAGCUGCUGUGUGAGAGUUGGCACGGGCACUAAGAAAGGGAGUGGAUGGCACUGAUCUGCUGGAGUUGCCCCAUCACUGCUGACACCACCACCAAUAGAGUACUUAGCACCACGUGAGUUGGCUGCUGUUUCUAAAAACGGGAUUACCGUGGCUCUUGGCCCAAUGCGGUGUAGACAUGUUAAACGCCGUUUCGGAAGUUCUGACCAUAGAUGGUGGCUUUUGAAUUUGUACAAGUGACUGUUUUCCAGGUUUGCAUUAUUAGGGCAAACGAUCCUUUGAGUAACUUUAUGAAAUACACUUAUCUGUUGAACGAUUUUGUUUCUUGUGGUUUUGUUGGUAAAUCGGCAAUGUUAUAACAGCCCUUUAUAAACGGGAAAAAAUAAUUUGUGCAUUAAAACUAUCAUUCAUCGAAUUCUCAAAUAAUGAUCCACAUCUGUUGCACGGUUUUUUUUACAUUUUGCUAAAUUUAAUUCGAAGCCAUUUUAUUUCAUUCGUAUAAAGUGGGUUUGUUGAGAGUAAUUCAAGAUUAACAAUGGAAGGCUUUCAAAUAUCAUUGUGCAUUUGUCAUUAACUUACACUGGUGUUAAGCAAGGGCCACUGCCUAAAAUGGGGGGCUCUGUUGUAAGGGCCAUUGUCUAAAACGUUGGCCUAUUAUACAUCUUUGUUCUUAUGGCUGUUGAUGACAAAUGUGGUGCUGUUUCCGAUCGCAAACCACCGCCAAUGCAUUUCAGUAAUACUUUGUUUAUUUGGAAGGUUCAUAUAACGAACUCCAUCUUCCCAUUAACUAUUAUUAGUAUUUAACAAGUGUACUUAUGGAUAACUUGGGACAAUGCACCAAGACUUGCAGGCAAAAUCCCCUGAAGCUAUGGAUUAAAUUAAAACAGGAUUCAGCAACUGAGGUGCAUUGGGGAAUAGCAGAGGAUCAGCGAUGUGACCUCAUGGGACUAGCUGACAGCAACCACCUCAAUCAUCAGACUAAACCACUCCCCACCCCCCCCUUGACAACCUGGGCUUUAAGUCACUUCCACUGUUGCAGUGAGCAGACCGAUUCCAUACCCACAGUCAAGUGUCUGGUCAAGCAUGGGGUGGUGCUCAUCUCCAGAGGGCCUUGAGCCAGUGGUGAAAAUUCCAUAGUCCCAUGGCAAGAGUUAGUUUCUCCAGAGGACAACUGUUGAACUCCCAGUGUAACUCUGGCACAUUGACAGACUCCAUCCCCAAUGGAUAUUUUAAUGACGUGAGCUCUAACCAGUCCCACCUGCCUGGAAUUUAUUAUGCCCCAAUUGUGCAUUAAAAUAUUGUUAACUUUU